AUGGGAUCAUCAAAGCGAGCUAGGAUGGCAGUGAAAGAAAACACUUUCUCCGAGGAGGACGCCAGGGACAUACACUGGCCGCACAAUGACGCCCUCGUCAUUCGCGCUCACAUCGGCAACAUGGAGGUGCGAAGAAUAAUGGUGGACACCGGCAGCUCGGUGAACGUGAUGUACAGGGCCUGUUUUGACCAGAUGGGACUCGGGCCCAAACAGUUGGGCCCAUCCCUAGAGCCACUUUUCGGGUUCACGGGAGAUGCAGUCGUCCCCAUGGGACGAGUUAAGCUCCCAUUCACAAUUGGGGGCGAAGGUCGUGAAGCCACAGCGCUUGCGGAGUUUCUGAUCAUUGACUACCCCUCAGCAUACAACGUCGUGCUCGGGAGGCCGGUGAUGAACGAGCUGGAUAUGGUCACCUCGACCAGAGCGCUGACCGUCAAGUUUCCAACCACCAACGAAACUGGAUGCGUGCGGGGAGAGCAGCACCUCGCAAGACGUUGCUACGAGGACGCGGUCAAGAUGGGGACCAGAGGAAAGAAAGUAAAUGUGGUCACAGAGGGAGCACAACGACCUUCAAGUCGGAGCGGGGUGAGUUACGACCUGGAUCCCAGAGAAGUGGAUUGCGACAAGGCCACCGGCCCGGUGGAAGAACUUGAAGAGGUCCCGAUCAGCGAGGUGGACGCUGAAAGAUGCCUGAAGCUCGGGAAGAAUCUGGCCCCCGAGGUAAAAUGCCAACUUAUUGAAUUCCUUAAGACUAACCUGGAUGUGUUUGCGUGGAAUCACGAAGACAUGGUGGGGAUAGCACCGGAGGUCAUGUCGCACAGACUCAACAUAGACCCCAGCUACAAGCCGGUGCGCCAGAAGAGGAGACCGAUGACUCCAGAACGCUACGCCGCCCUUAAAGAGGAGGUGGAUAAGCUCCUGGUUAAUGGGUUUAUCAGAGAGGCUCAUUACCCAGUCUGGGUAGCCAACCCAGUGCUGGUAAAAAAGAAGAACGGGAAGUGGAGGACCUGCGUCGACUUCACCAACUUAAAUAAAGCCUGCCCGAAGGACAGUUUCCCCCUCCCAAGAAUUGACCAGCUCGUGGAUGCAACAGCGAGGCAUCAGCUCCUCAGUUUCAUGGACGCCUACUCGGGAUACAACCAGAUCCCCAUGAAUCCUAACGAGGAGGAACACACGUCGUUUAUCACCGAUCGCGGGCUAUACUGUUAUAAGGUUAUGCCCUUCGGGUUGAAGAAUGCUGGGGCGACCUACCAGAGACUUGUGAACAUGAUGUUCGAAGCGCAGAUUGGGAAAACAAUGGAGGUAUACGUUGACGAUAUGCUGGUUAAGUCUGAGCAGGUCGCAGAUCAUGUUCGUAAUUUGGGAGAAACAUUCAAGAUCCUCAGGAGCUACAAUAUGAAGCUGAACCCACUAAAAUGUGCAUUUAGGGUGGCUUCCGGGAGGUUCUUGGGAUUCAUGGUCAACAGCAGAGGUAUCGAGGCCAAUCCAGAAAAAAUAAAGGCCCUUUUGGAUAUGAGGUCGCCUGUAAGAAUGAAGGACGUGCAGAGCCUAAUCGGCCAGGUCGCUGCACUAAGCCGAUUUAUCUCCAAGGCAACCGACAAGUGCAUCCCUUUCUUCAAUACGUUACGAAAAGCCCAAGGUUUCAGUUGGAGUGAGGAGUGUGAGCUCGCCUUCCAGCAGCUGAAGGAGUAUAUGGGGCAAGCUCCGCUACUUUCAAAACCCCGAGAUGGGGAAAAACUGGUGAUCUACCUAGGAGUGUCGGCGCAUGCUCUCAGCGCAGCCUUGGUUCGGGAGGAAGAAGGGGUGCAAUACCCCGUUUAUUAUAUUAGCAAGAGGUUGGUGGACGCAGAAACGAGGUACACAUCGAUGGAGAAGCUCGCAUACUGCUUGGUCAUAGCAUCGAGGAAAUUACGUCCUUAUUUCCAGGCCCAUCAGAUCGAUGUUCUAACUAAGUACCCCUUGAGGCAGAUUUUGCAGAAGCCAGACACAUCGGGUCGCCUGCUGAAAUGGGCAAUUGAGCUCGCUCAGUUCGACUUGGAAUACAAACCAAGAGUGGUAAUCAAGGGGCAGGCACUGGCGAAUUUUAUCGCUGAAUUCACUGAAACGACCCAAGUAGAAGGAGAGACCUCGGAAGGACCAUCAUGGGAGUUGUACGUUGACGGGUCGUCGAGCGAGCAAGGAGCUGGGGCAGGAGUUAUGCUAAUAAGCCCGGAGGGCCACAGAAUACUAUGCGCCCUGCGAUUCGGUUUCCGAGCUACCAAUAACGAGGCCGAGUACGAGGCGCUGCUCGCAGGGCUGCGCUUGGCAAAGGAGGUGCGAGCUGAAGCAUUGAUAAUUUUCAGCGAUUCCCAGCUCGUUGUCAACCAAAUACGCGGGGAAUAUCAGGCGAAGGGGGUGAAGAUGGUAGCAUACCUGCUCAAAGUACGCGAACUUCUAGUUCCUUUCCAACGGUUCGAGGUACACCAAAUUCCACGCUCUCAAAAUUCCCAUGCAGAUGCACUGGCUCGGCUAGCUACUGCGCGAGAUACAGAGUUUCUAGGGGCUAUACCGGUGGAGUUUUUAGCCGCCCCUAGCAUGGAGCAACCGACCGAGACGAUGGUGGUUCACGCAUCCCAGGGCUCAUGGAUGAGCCCCAUUCUGGCGUACCUACGGGAAGGAAAGCUACCGACAGAUAAACUAGAAGCGCGCAGACUGCGAGCUCGAGCCGCUCGCUACUGUAUCUAUGAUGAGGUGUUGUAUAAGCGAGGAUUCACAGCUCCAUUGUUAAGGUGUAUUGAGGGCUCUGACUGUCAGACCGUGCUGGAGGAAAUACAUGCUGGGCAUUGCGGCAACCACGCCGGGGCUCUGUCACUAGCCCAGAAGGCCCUUCGGCAGGGAUUCUAUUGGCCUAUGAUGAAACAAGACGCGAUCAACUUGGUGAAAAAGUGUGACAAGUGCCAAUGGUUCGCUAAUAUCCCGCGGGCUCCACCGGCCUACCUUCAACAGAUGAACAGCUCGUGGCCGUUUGCUGUCUGGGGUAUGGACCUGAUUGGGCCGCUCCCAACAGCUCGUGGCAAUUGCAAGCAUGUCAUCGUGGUAGUUGAUUACUUCACCAAAUGGGCCGAAGCGAAAGAGCUCGCUGAAAUCUCCAGCUCCAAGGUACAAAAAUUUGUCUGGAAUAAUAUCAUUUGCAGGUUUGGGGUCCCACAGCAGAUAGUCACAGACAACGGAACUCAAUUCACCAGCGAGCAAUUCAUCCAAUUCUGCGAAUCAUUGGGAAUCCAAAAGAGCUUCACGGCCGUAGACCACCCCCAGGCCAAUGGGCAGGUCGAAGCAGUCAACAAGAUAAUCAAGCACGCCCUGAAGAUGAAGCUGGAAGACAGGAAGGGCGCUUGGGCGGACGAACUACAAACGGUGCUUUGGGCAUAUCGGACGACAGCUCGAACUAGCACAGCUGAGACUCCUUUCUCGUUGGUCUACGGGUCCGAGGCGAUGAUCCCAGCUGAACACAAGGUGACCAGUCAGCGAAGAGCCACCUUUAACCCGGAGGGAAAUGACGAACUCCUAGCCGCGAAUCUAGAUCUACUUGAGGAGGCUAGAGACACAGCUCGCCUACGGAUCGCCAUCUACCAGCAAAGGGUAGCGCGUUACUACAACAGAAAAGUUCGGGUCAGAUGGUACAAGCUCGGAGACCGCGUGCUACGCCUAGUACUCAUCGGCGCUCGAAAAGCCAGUGAUGGCACGCUAGGCCCGAACUGGGAAAGACCUUUUGUUAUCCACGAGGACUUGGGAAACGGGGCAUACCAUCUGGCCAACAUGGAUGGAGCUGUCCUCCUGCGAGCCUGGAACGCGGAGCACCUCCGCCCCUACCAUCAGUAA